CGAACAUCCGCCAUAUUUGUUCAGACAUUAAAAGAUAGGUUAAAAAAUCGGAGAUAUAUCGUUAAAAAUCAAGACCAUCGGUCAAUAUUCCUAGUAAAUUGUUUAUUAGGGUCUUAUUUUGUUUAUUUAGAAUUUGACAACUCGGUGUAAUUUUCAUUCUAAGUCGUUAUUUUGACGACUGAAGUGUUUGUUUACCCCAACUGUCAAGCGGAAGAGUAGAAUAAUGGGAACGAAAGAUGACGAAUACGAUUAUUUAUUUAAAGUUGUACUAAUUGGUGAUUCUGGUGUAGGAAAAAGUAAUUUAUUGUCAAGAUUCACAAGAAAUGAGUUCAAUUUAGAAAGUAAAAGUACAAUUGGUGUAGAGUUUGCCACGAGGAGCAUACAAGUAGAUUCUAAAACAAUCAAAGCACAGAUAUGGGAUACUGCUGGUCAAGAGAGGUAUCGAGCUAUAACUAGUGCAUAUUAUCGUGGUGCUGUAGGUGCCCUAUUAACUUAUGACAUAGCUAAACAUUUAACCUAUGAAAAUGUAGAAAGAUGGUUAAAGGAAUUACGAGACCAUGCAGAUCAAAAUAUUGUCAUAAUGUUAGUGGGUAAUAAAAGUGAUUUAAGACAUCUUCGGGCAGUGCCAACAGAUGAAGCCAAAGCCUUUGCAGAGAAAAAUUCAUUAUCGUUUAUUGAAACUUCAGCUUUAGAUUCAACAAAUGUUGAAGCUGCAUUUCAGAAUAUUUUAACAGAGAUUUACAAGAUAGUUUCUCAGAAGCAAAUCCGUGAUAGUCCUGAUGAUGAACAUUCACCUAGUACAAAUGUACAAACGAUAACAGUUGCUCCUACGGAAAAUUCGUCAGGACCCAAAAAACAGUGUUGUAAUGUUUAGGACUCUAGUUCAAAUAAUGUUAUUUCAUCUUUGUUACUUACGUUAUCAUGAUAAAAAGACUAAAAGGGUUGGGGUCAUUUGGCAUGAUCAUCAAAAAUAUCUAGUUGAUGAGUUAAAAAUGAGUUAUGGUUAUUUUCAGAAGUUGACUCAAAGAGUUAAUUUUAACUCAGUGUUAAGCUUUUGAGUUUGAGUUACUUAUCAAAUUCAGAAUGAACUUAACUUAUAACUCAUUUAAAGCAAUCAUCAAAACUAUAUAACAUAUUGUGAUAAUUGUAUUGUAUAUUCUUGAAUGGAAGUGAAAUUUGUAAAAUUGCUUUUGUUGGGCAAUUUGAUUUCGUCUCCAGUAUAUUUAAUUGUCUAUUGUUAUGAUUGCUAAUUGUAUGGAGGUAUUGUAAUCUUUUCAUAAUCAUUACCACCAUGUUAAAUGUAACCAUUCCAUUACCUGUUGCUUGAAACCAGGCAUUCUGUUAGGACAACUUCAAGUCAAGUGUUGUUGUGGCUUUGAUGCAUCUAUGUAGCCGUCCACCACAGCUUUGCUCUGCCUAGAGGAUUUUAGAGGGCUGCUUUGUAAUAGAUAUCAUUUGGUAAAACUUUGGAAAGUCUUGGUAAAACUUUAGAAAGUCUAUUUUCUGCUUUUCCAUUGGUAAAGGUUUGAUUGCUGCAUCAUGCAGAAAAAUAUCUAAAUUUGAAAAGUUUGAAACAGUUUUCAAAUGAAUUAAUACCUAUUUGCAUGGCAUCUUGCUAUUUUUGAUGAUCAUGCUUAAGAGUUGCUAUUAUAUUAUUAUAUAAAGUAUAUUAUACAAAAUGUUUAUUGUUAAUGUACAAAGACCCAGUGGAAAGAAAAGGUAAUGGUACAAAUCUUAUAUUGUACUGUUUUUAGACAAUAAAUUCAAUGCCACUAUUGUGAGAGUAAAUGCUAUUAUAGCUGAAAAUUAUUUUUUCAUGUGUGUUUUGCAAAGAUUGUGAGUUAAAUGCCAUUUGUAAAUGUAGUUUCCGUUUCUCGGUUUGCACGGUCUGUCAUCUAUCUGGGCUAAAUAGUUUGAGUUGAAGUGCAAAAAGGGAAUCUGUCCUGCAAAUAUCUGUAAUUCUAAGACUUAUUUAUUUAUUCAUUACCUCUCCCCUUCACUUAAACAUAGUCAAUUUCUCUAUAGCAUAAUUUAUGAACAAUUUCAAUGAACCUAAGAAUUUAUUUGUUACUAAUUGUUAAUUAAUGAGAUUACUUUAAAAUGAUGUUUAGGAGGUGAUGUUCAGACUACAAAAUGCCAUAGGUUGCAGAAUAAAGACCCUGAACGCUAAUGAUGUAAGUUCAUUAUUGCUUUCGGAUGGUGUUCAAAUUGUCAAUUGCAAAUUAUCAACAAUAUCUUCAAAACUUUGUUAGUUGAAAUCAUCUGUCUUUGCAAAUUGAUCAUCGAAUCUGUUUUGUUAUAAAGGAAAAUUUGUUAUUGGUAAAAUAUAAGGGAGUUGCGAUUUUUGGAUAUUGGGACUUAAUGCAGACAAAUUUUGCAUUUUACAGUCAAAGUUUGAGUUAUUUAUGUCAGAAUUCUAAUCCUUAAUUAUUGAAGCGGAGAAUGAAAUUUAUAAUUGUUGAUUUUUGCAUUGGGUUUCUCUUAAGUUGCCUCUUAAAGCCACAUAUUUAUAAAGGGUAGAACAAGAAAACUUUCCAGUUUAUGGAAGAUGCAUUCAUAUUUGGAACUUAUGUUUCAAAUUAUAGUCCUGGAUCUUUGAUUUGAUAUCAUAUAAGAACUCCUAAAUGGACUACAUAUGAAAAUAUAACAUUUUGGUUAAAAACAAAAUUGCAAUAGAGAUAUCCAGAUAUGAAUGUAGCUAAUUCUGAUAUUGAAUCCUAAUUUUUUUUAUAUAUUUGUAGAUAAAAGUUUUAUUCAAUAAUAAAGUUUUGCACGUUAAAUAUUUAUGUUCAUUCCCAUUUUGUGUAAAAGUGAUUAUAAUGUAUAUAUUAUAAAUAUAAUAAACAUAUUCAACUCCUUGAUAAAAUAUGGAAAUUAUGAUUGUGCUAGAGUUAAAGUUAGAGGAUUGAAAUAUAUUUCUCUUUUGUUGGAUUAUUCAGAAUUAAGUUUUUCUAUUGCUUAAUUGUAUUUUGGGGUUGAUUAGUUUUGCAAACUUUCUUCUACAAACAGAAAAGUGUUAAUACAACACAUCUCUUUGCUAACCUACUUUACAAAGAAAACAACUGACAGCGGUCAUGUUUGUAAGAGUAUACUACCUUUAACCAAUAUGUGACCGUUACUUUAGGGUAAAAGAUAUACUGCCUAAGAACAAUUCAAGCCACAACUCGUGCACAAUUCAAAAUUUUCAAAAUCGGUGAUAGCAAUCUAUAUUUAUCAAAGUACACUUAUUAAGUUAUUUUUAUUUCACUUCAUCCAUUCUAUAUUAUAAUUUAUAUACAAAUAUAAGUUUCUUGCUAUCCAUUAUAUAUAUUAUUUUGCAUACUUGAAUUAUAUAGAAACCUAGACUUUGAUGUCACAAUACAUUGUACAGUUUUUGGUCUUCAAGUACAAUGUUAUGUAACCUUGUUCAGUUUCAAAAUAUCAUCUUUCUUUUUUUUUUUGUUAUUGUGGCCUUACUGUGAAGGUCAUCAUUUCAACUGUUAUUUCAACUAGACCAUUUCUACUUGCUAAAAUAUGUAUAAUUUGUGUAUUAUUAAAAGAGCAAAUGAACAC